AUGCGGUCCACGGUCUUGUCUCUUCUGGCCGCCUGUCUGCCUGUUGCCUGGGCAGGUCCUGUAGCGGCCAGACAAGCAUUUGAGGUCGACCCCAACACGACCAAGUACUGCACGUGGUACCACGACGUCAUUGAGGGAGACACCUGCGAAUUUAUCCUCGCUUCAUGGGAGAUCUCCCUGGAGACUUUCAUGCGCUGGAAUCCAUCCAUCACGGCCGGCUGCGGUAACGUCCAAGUAAACCACUCUUACUGUAUCGAAGCGAUCGGCGAGCCUGCGCAGGCAUCGACGACAACGACAUCGAAGCCUCCCGCGGCCACCGCCACCGCGCCUCCGACAACCACCAAACCCUCCACAACGGCCGCCCCAACCCAGCCCCCGACGCCCGGCACGAGCACCGGUGCCAACGGGGUUGCGACGCCGCUCCCGGUGCGCGCUGGGAUGACAACAAACUGCAGGCGCUUCUACAAGGUCCAGCCCGGCGACACGUGCGACGCCAUCAUCGCUGCCGCAGGCAUCUACGGACCGAAUUUCUACAUCUGGAACCCCGAAGUAAAGGAGGACUGCUCCGGGCUCUGGGCGGGCUACUAUUGCUGCCUCCAGAACGUCGCCGGCCCUUCCAUCACCCUCACCCCGGCGGUCCCUUCCACCACUACCGCGCCGCCGCCGACCACCCCGACCGGCAACGGGGUCACCACCCCGCUCCCCAUCCAGAGCGGCAUGACGACAAACUGCAGGCGCUUCUACAAGGUCCAGCCCGGCGACACGUGUGAUGCCAUCAUCGCCGCGUCAGGCAUCUACGGACCCAAUUUCUAUAUCUGGAAUCCCGCCGCCAGGAGCGACUGCUCCGGGCUCUGGGCGAAUACAUUUUGUUGUAUAGGUAACACCGUCGGCCCGUCCAUCACCCUGAGGCCUCCGACCCCGACCACGACGACCAAGCCGCCCGCGGGCAACGGCGUCGCAACGCCCACGCCCUUCCAAGUCGGCAUGGUCUCGAAUUGCAAGAGCUUCUAUCUCGUACGCAGCGGCGAUACAUGCUCCAGUAUCGCCUCGGCCAGGGGCAUCUCCGUCAACAACUUCAUCCGCUGGAACCCGGCCGUCGGUGCGGGCUGCACGGGCAUGUGGGCGAAUACCUGGGCUUGCGUGGGGCUGAUUUGA